AUAAAAAUUUUAAGAAAAAAAAUUAGAUUAUCUUCACAAUAGCUAAGAUUACAUUGAAUGUUCCAAUGACUUAUCUACAUUAUUUGACUUUUGAAAGAUUUAAUACGAAAUAUCUUUUUUCUCAGAAAGAAGAAUGUAACUGGAACGUUUCAGAAGAAGAAAAAGAAAAAGAUAACCAUCAAAUAUCUUGUGAAUAUGAAGAGAAUUAAUUUCAACAAAAUACAGUCCAUUGAUAACUUUGUUUUAUAUUUUAGUAUCUUAACUUCAGUUGGCUUAGUAUGAUGAAUAUACAAUCUAUCUAUCUAUCUCUUGUGUCAAGAUUUUCAUCAUUCUAUCUAAUAUAAUCUAAUGUUAGUCAAUAAUUCUUCUUUUACUCAAAUGUUCUCAUUGUUAAUUGAUGUUAUACAGAAUCAAGUUCACAUAGUGAAAAUCAUGAAUGUAUACAAAUAUUACUUAAUCAAUUAUCCUGCUUUGAUCAAAAUAUUUUCUCAUGUCUAGUGAUAUAAUAACAAAUCCAACACUUAGUGAGAAUGGAUACGCGUAUAAACAUUUUCAAAAAAUAAGCGAUUAUAACUCUUACAACAGUCCAAAUAUAAAUCUUAUUUCGUCUGUUAAAGCAGUAAAGUCAUGGGAUUUAGAUCCACCCUAUCACCCUGAUUUGCUUGAAGAACAUUAUCCCAAUGACUGGAAAUAUGACAACACCCCAGAAAAUGACCAUAAUAUACACACAGAUACAGAAACUAUGGCUAAUCCGUACAACGACACACUAAAAUAUCCUACGGAACAUGAUGACGACCAUAUGGCCAGAAAUGCAGAAAACUAUGAUAAUCUGAACCCUACGGUGGCUGAUCCUUUUUUGACAAGUUAUACGGAUGACUAUAAACCUUAUAGUAAAUUUUAUAGAGAAGACCCGAUUACGCCCCUCUCACAGUGGGAAACACCACAUGAAAAUGACUUACUAGAGAGUACUUACCAAGAUGAUUACCAGCCCUACAAGUUGGAUAAAGUUAAUGAUUAUAGACCUAGAGAGUUUUAUUUACCUCCACAAGAACCUAUGGACACCAACACUACCUACAAUCAAGACUACCCACCCCGUUAUUCUCAGAUGGAAAGAAGUUUUAAACCAUACGACGCCUACGUACCUCCUUCAGUGCCAAUGUCGAACAUAACAAGCUAUCAGUUAGAAUAUGAGGAUCCCCCUUGGUCACCUAAAGAAAUACCUUUCCGAAUGAAAGACCAUGAAACUUUUCCAAGGGGCAAUUUUCAAAGUGAAACGAGUUAUAUCACAGACUACCCACCAAAAGUGGCCCAACCUGUCCACUGCUUCAAACCGUAUAGAAAGUACAGAACGUCUACAGAGCCUAUGUCCAGCCAAACAAGUUAUCAAACGGACUAUACAUUCCAGCCACAGUCGAAACCAACGUCUUACUCUCCUGUUUAUGUCUAUCAGCAACCUAAAGUACCAUUCCAGAAUAACACGAGUUAUUCCGAAGAGUUUCAACCUCAUCUAUUCUCAAAACCUGAAAGCUUUAAACCCGUUUAUGAGUACCGGAAACCUAGAAUGAAAAUGGAAAACACUACUGCCUAUAGUUCAGACUACAGACCAUGGCACAUUAAAAAAGAUGACCCAUUCUAUCCCCAAGAUAAUAUUCAUUUGCCUCGUGCUAAUAAUGAAAUGAUUACGAGUUAUAUGGAUGAGUUUCCACCUAGGUAUACACAAAAGUUACAUCCUAUAAAACAAAAAGAAAACAGGUGGCUUAGUGAUGAAGCGUUAUCCAGUCAAACUACAUAUCUAACUGACUUUAGACCAGUCACACCAGAACCAUCAAUGUCAUAUAAACCUACGGAAAUUUACAGGUCACCAAGUCUACCAGUAGUUUCACAGUCAUCUUAUGCCGAGGACUUCAUCCCGAGAUAUGCGAAAAAACAGGAUCCAUUAUUGCCUAAAUCUAAUCUAAAAGUUUCAAAACUGCCAAUGGAUAAGACUUCUUCAUAUUCAGAGGAAUUUCAGUACCGCAAAGCAAAGAGAACGGAAAAUUUAAAACCCAUACAUCGUUACAAGCAUCCAAGUGUACCAUUUUCUGGUAAGACAAGUUAUCAGCUGGAAUUCCCUCCACCAUCUAGAGAGUACAAAGGUAACCGAAGCUGCCCACCAACCACGCGAUAUUCAUAUAUGUACCCUGCUACUCGGAUGAACACGACAACUUCUUAUACUGAUGACUUUAGACCAAUAAAAAAUCCAUCAAAACUCCAACCAAUAGUGAAAGAAGAUAACCUGAAAAUAAAUUAUUUGAUUAACAACGACCUAAAAACAAGUUAUUCAGUUGAUUAUGUGAAUUAUUAUGAACCAGAUUCAAAUCCGUAUACGAAUGACAGUAAAUUUAUUCAACCCAGUGAAGAUGUUCAUGCUGAAACGACGAAUUCACGUAAUAUCUUACCAAAAGUUAACUUUCAUAACACUCUUUUUGAGACAACAAAAAAUUAUUCACAAAAUUCUGAUGGACAUAAACUAAAUAAUCAUUAUUCAAAUACAACAUACCAUCAGGGAUUUUCAAAACUACCACCUAUUCAACAAAUAAAUCAAUUCCGACCCCAGGAUUACUAUGUUCCACCAACAGUUAAAAUGUCAAAUGAAACAACUUAUUCAAGUGAUUAUAAAUGGCCCGAAUUUAUGGUCGGUGCUAACAGAAAUUCAGAUAAUUAUAAUAAUGUGAAUAGUUCAUAUGACUAUUCUGAUAAUAAUCCAAAUAACUUUAAUCAAUAUUCUAAUGAUCCUGAAUUCACCAGUACUGAACUGUCCAAAUAUAAUAACACAACGACUGAAAAUACAAGUAUCUCAUCGGAUAUGUAUCGUACAAAUAAUAGUUUCAGUAACAGCGGUCAGGAUAGUAGAGAAGGUGCUUUAGGUAAAUUUAUGAAUUUAAUGUCACAAAACUGAACAGAUAUAUGAUUUAAAACUUUAUGUAUUCUGAAAUUUCGCUCACUAUUCUUUUAAUAAAUAAUUAUUAGUAUAGUAAUGGGAAAAUAAUAGGAACGUAAACAAUUUAUGAUUAAAAGGAGAUACAUAUGUAGUCAUUGAAUAUUUUGGAAAUAAAAUAUUCUUAACAUUAGAGAGAACGUUUUAUAUUAUUUUUCAAUACAUAUAUUUUCUUUUACUUAC